GUGUGGACUGCGGCAACCUGCCACAGAUAAUCCUUGUGCCUGUCAGUACAGCUGUCACUAGCACGUCGAGUGGCACGUGGAGCUCAUAAAGGCAAAUGGGAGAAUACGUUUGUGGGACACAGUGCACCACAUGAAAGGAUCCAUUCGCUUAGUCAUCUUCAAGGAGGCAGCAUGAGAGGGCAGCCUAACCCAAACGCAGUUACACUGCCGUCGUUUGCUAGCCCUAGAGGGCAGAGUUAAAUUUAUAGAGUGGGAACAUGGUCGUGGAUCGGAUUUUCUCUGGCAUACAGCCAACUGGGACACCUCAUCUGGGUAACUACCUUGGAGCCAUUCAGAACUGGGUGAAUCUGCAGGAAGAGUACAGCUCAGUGUUAUACAGCAUUAUGGACAUGCACUCUCUCACCAUGCCGAAGGAACCAGCUCUCCUGCGUCAAAACAUCCUGGACACCACCGCUGCCAUCCUUGCCUGUGGGAUCGACCCCAAGAAGUGCUUCCUGUUCCGACAGUCUCUGGUCCCUGAGCAUGCAGAACUUGCCUGGAUUCUUGGGUGCAUAACUAAUGUGCCACGUUUACUACGCUUGCCCCAAUGGAAGAUGAAGCGUGCCAGCCAGAGUAAUGGUGGAACUGUUGGUUUGUUGACUUACCCUGUGCUUCAAGCAGCAGAUAUUUUGCUGUACAAGUCGACACAUGUUCCUGUUGGAGAAGAUCAAGUCCUGCACCUGGAACUAGCCCAAGAUAUAGCACAACAUUUCAACAAGAAAUACGGAGAAUUCUUUCCUGUGCCCAAAGCCAUUUUAAGUACAACAAAGAAAAUAAAAUCCCUCAGAGAUCCAACGGUGAAGAUGUCUAAGUCAGACACACAGAAGUUAGCUACUGUUAACAUAGUGGACAGCCCUGAUGAAAUAGUGCUGAAAUUCCGCAAAGCUGUGACUGACUUUACCUCUGAGGUGACCUAUGACCCAGCCAAUCGUCCUGGUGUCUCUAAUCUGGUGUCCAUUCAUUCUGCAGUAUCAGGACUUAGCAUAGAAGAAGUGCUACACCAGUCUGUUGGUCUUGACACUGCUCACUACAAAAUGGUGGUAGCAGAGUCAGUUAUUCAAAAAUUUGCACCAAUCAGGAAUGAAAUCAAGAAACUCCAGGAGGACAAAGCCCACCUGAUACAGGUUUUAGAGGCUGGAGCAGAGAAAGCCAAAGAACUGGCUACCCCCAUCUAUCAAGAAAUAAGAAGACUGGUGGGAUUUCAGUAGAAACUGCUGAGUAGUUGUAAGGACUUUUGCUCCUGGGACAGUUAUUUUGUUACUUGUAUCAUCUUAAUCAUAUCAGUUUGAAACAGACACUCUUUUUAUUUUUUCUUUUCCUAUUGCAAAAUCCAAGUAGAACAUGUAAGAUGUUUGCAUCAAAAAUGUGCGUGAAGCCAGUUCUUUCCAAUGGGACCAGCAGUGAGCUUAUGAGGAUGGUCAGAGGAGGAGGGUGCAGGCAAUCACAGUUCAUGAAGAAAUCCCACAAAAGCAAAAGACAAGGUUGCCCGUGUGUGUGUGUGUGUGUGUUUUUUUUUUAAUACAUAUCAACUACUGUAAAAAAACUACAGUAUAGGUAAUAUGAUUUGAAUCUCGCUAAAAGAGUUGUAAUCUUCCCAAUAACAUCCUUAGCUGUGGAUGUGGUCUUGUUACAGAUGGACAGCUCAUCCUGUUAAUGGUUAUUCAGCUCUGAUACUGUGGUAGACUGUGUUCUUGAAUAACCAGAAAGCAUAGACUUACAAAUAAAAAUGCUCAGGGAUUUGAUGGUGAAGACAGAACUUACUGCCUCUCCCUGUUGUGUCUUCAAACCCAGUGUAAUUUUUUGAUUUACAUCUAGUUUGUGUGAAGUAAAUUAGUCUGUCUUAUGGAUACAGAUAUUUAUACUGUAAAACUAAUUCUGACUACUGGGCUAGAUGGCCUCUUUUGUAGUCACUCCAAAGAAUGUGCAAUGAAUGUGAAUUUCAUUUCUGCUGCCUGUGCAAUCCUGCUGUUCAGUUCUGAGGUUCUUCAGCAGGAAACUACAUGUGCUUCAGCUGCUUCUUUUCUACCCACUCUUUGGUUUAGCAGAGAACUCGGGGAUUUUGGUUCAGCAUCAAAUAUAAGAUUCCUUUAGAAAAGGUUUGGGGGGGGGAGUGUGUGAAAGAGAUCUUAGACUGAUAAAAUAGAGAACUUCCUGUAUAAUUUACAAAAUUACUUAUUUAAAAAUUAUGCUGAGGUCAGAGCCAGAACUAUGGUAAAAUAUUUUGUUAAAAUGAGAUUAAAUAGAUCUUUAUGAAAUCUUACUACUGAGCCUCAGGAAAAUGCAGUAAUGGGAGAAUGAUGUUAGCGUCUACUGAUCCUGUGCCUCAGUAGACCCACAGGAUGGGACCCAUGGGCCACGCUGUGUAUUGGGGAGUGUGUGGUGAAUGAAGGCAAGCUGUCAAAAGGAGACACUGUUCUCCUAGAAGGGGUCGAUCAUUCUUGUGAAAGCAACUGAUGAGGCUUUGGUGGGGCCAGGAGCAAACUCCAAAAUCUACAGAAGGCAGCCCUAGGGAGCACUGCAACCCCAACAUGGGGCAAACAAGGCAUGGGGUGGCAGUUUGCACAGCAGUUUGCAUGGAAGAGCAUGCAGGAAGGGCAUUGUCACUCUGCCAGUCCACAUGGUUAGUUAAAUUGAUGAUCAUAAUCCUCUCACAAAGAGCUUUAGCAGUGGUAUCCUCCAAGAAGAAAGCUAUGUCCUCUGCAUCCCCUGUGGCCUCUGCACUCACUGGAUCUGGCACAGCUACCCAGACAGAGCUCCCAAGGAAACAGCCAUCCAGGUCUCAAGCUGCAGGGUGUGCCCAAGUUUUCUGUCAGUGUCUGAGGGCAGCCGUGAGCACAACUGUUGGAGGUGUGGCCAGGCAGAGAAACUGCUCAGCCUAAUGGCAGAGCUCUCUGAGGAGGUGGGCAGGUUGAGGAGCUCUGUCCCAGAGCUAUAACAUCAUUAGCAUAACCAAGACUUGGUGGAAAGAGUUGUGUGACUGGUGUGUUAUGAUGCACUCUUAAGGCUCUUCAGGAGGGAUACAGGGGUGGCACUGUAUGUAACAAAGGGACUCAGUUGUACAGAGCUUACAGUUGGCAAUGACACGCUUGAGAGCCUCUGGAUAAGGAUUAAGGGACAAGCAAAUAAAGUGGAUGUCAUUGUGGGAGUCUACUAUAAACCACCCAGCCAGGUUGACAAUACUGAUCAGUUAUUUUAUAAAGAAUUAAGAGAGAACUCUAGAUCAGCUACCUUAUGGGUAGGUUAUGAUCAGUUAUGAUCAGCUACCUUAUGAUCAGUUAUCCUUAUGGGUAACUUCAACUUGCCAGACAUUAACUGAGAAUACCACACAACUGAUACAAACAGGUCCAGGAAAUUCCUGUGGCACAUUGAUGGUAACUUCUCAGAGCAGAUACCAGGAAGCAGACUAGGAUUGGUGGCCUGUGAACAGAGAGAGUCUUGCGUGAAGUGGUGGCCAUCUUGGCCACAGUGGCAAUGAAAUAGUUGAGUUUCAAAUCUUUGAUGAUAAAACUUCCAGCAAAACUUUGACCCUAGAUAUGGAAAGAACAGAUUUCAGGCUACUCAAGGAACUUAUUAGUCAGGUCCCAUGUGGUUGUGCUUUAGAAGGUAUUGGGGUCCAUCUGUGCUGGUCACUUUUUAAGAGCAAUCUCUUAAGGUUGCAGGAUCAGGCAAUUCCAAAAUGUCAGAAAUCAAGCAAGCGGGACACAAGGCUAGCUUGGCUGAGCAGGGAUCUUUUUCUAGAGCUUAGGCAGAAAAGGAAAGAGUGUGGACAUUGGAAGCAAGGUCAGGUGACAUGGGAGGACUACAGAAAUUCUGUUUGCCAUUGUAGGGAGAAAAUUUGUGCAGACAAAGCUCAAUUAAAGUUGAAACUGGCCAGUGCUGUGGGGGACAACAAAAAAAGGGUUGUUUAAGUGUGUUAGCAAAAGGAGAAACAGAGAUGACAUUGGUCCAUUACUUAGUAAGGUUGAUCACCUCACAAAUAGGGACAUAGACAAAGCAGAGAUGUUUAAUGCCGUCUUUGUCUGUCUUUGACACCAAUGAUGGGCCCUGGGACUCCGGAACCCUGAGUUGGAGGACCAUGACUGCCAGAAACUCCCUGCAGACUCUGACCUAUGCUGUGGGAUUUGCUGCUCAAGCUAAACGCACAUAAGUCUAUGGGGCCUAUAGGGAUUCAUUACAGGGUACUAAAAGAACUGGCUGAUGUCAUUGUGAGAUCUCUCAAUUAGUUUUUAAUGGUCUUGGGAAUCUGAAGAGGUCCCAGCUGACUGGAAGCUGACAAAUGUUGUCCCGGUUUUCAAGAAGGAAGACCCCAGAAAUUGCAGGCUGGUCAGUUAUGCUUUGGUGCCUGGUAAAAUUGCAAAGAUCAUUCUGGGAAUUACUGAAAAACACUUGAAAGGCAACACAGUCACUGCUAAUGGCAGAUACAGGUUUGUGAGGGGAAAGUCAUGUUUAACUAACGUAAUUUCCUUGUAUCAUGAGGUUAUCCAUCUGGUUGACUGAGGGCAUCCAGUAGAUGUGAUCCUUUUUAAUUUCAGCAAAGCUUUCCAUAUUAUUUCUCACAGUAUUGUUCUGGACAAAACAUCCAGCAUACAGCUGGACAAAAACAUAAUGUGAUGAGUAAACAAUUGGCUGACAGGUCAGGCUCAAAGGGUUAUAGUAAAUGGGGUUACAUCACCUAAGGCUCAAUUUUAGGUCCAGUUCUCUUUAAUGUUUUCAUAAAUUUCUCAGAUGCAAGACUUCAAGGUAUACUAAGCGGGUUUGCAGAUGGCACUAAACUGGGAGGAGCUGUUGAUUCCCUUGAGGGUAGAGAGGUCUUGCAGAGAGAUCUUGACAAAUUAGAAGGCUGGGCAACAAUAUGAAGUUUAAGAAAAGCAAGUGCUGGAUUCUGCACCUAGAAUGGAGCAAUCCCAGAUAUACAUACAGCCUAUGAGAUGAGAGGGUGAAGAGCAGCCCCACAGAAAGGGCACUGAGGGUUCUGGCCAACAGUAAGUUGAAUGUGAGUCAACAGUGUGCCCUGACAGCCUAAAGGGCCAAUUAUACCUUGAGGUGCAUGAAGCAGAGCAUUGCUAGCCAGCUGAGGGAAGGGAAGCCCUGCUAAGUGCUGGUGUGGCCUCAUCUCAAACACUAUGUGUGGUUUUGGGUGCCUCAAUAUAAGAAAGGCAUAAAACUAUUAAAGAGUGUCCAAAGGAGAGCUACAAAGAUGAUGAAGGGUCUAGAAGUUCUAGAGCUCAAGAAGUGUUUGGACAACACUUGAAAAUAUGGUUUGAUUUUUAGGUAGUCCUGUGUGGAGCCAGAAGUUGAACUCGAUGGUUUUGGUGGGUCCCUUCCAAAUCAGGAUAUUCUGUGAUUCUAGUACAUGCUAAAAUGUAAUAAAAGCCUUACUUAUCCUAUGCCAGCAUAUUUAACGGUGCUGUGUAUGAAAUUGCUAUACUGUAAUGUAAAUUGAGCUCUGUAUUCUGUGAGCUCAUAACCAUUAUAUGCCUGUAGCAUUUGUCAUGGGGGACUGUAGGCAUAUAUUAUUGAGUUGGAAAAAUGGGGGGUCUCUAUAUAAUACAGACUUCUUAAAUAAAUAUGAUCAGUUUUAAUUUACUUAAUUAUCAUGGUGAGGUGAUUCAGAAAUAACUAGUUAAUAUUGCAGAACAUGAGGUUGUGCUCUGAGUGUUUAGGAAUCUGCACUGAGACCUGUAUUUGUUAAGGAUCUGAAGAAAGAGAGCCAUGAGGCAAGAACUUGAUGCUAGUUUCUAAAGUUAGUCAAGACUAGAGGAGCAGAGUAGAUGGGGAGAAUGAGGGGAAACUAAAUGUAAUGUAGACAAGUCCUCUGAAAAGAAUAAGUGUGUUCAUAAAUAGUCUCUGGUUUUAAAAUAGGUGUAGUACUUCAGGAACAGUUAUGCACAGUUAUUGCUGUGCAUAUUCAGGUGGUUUUGUAAGACUUUGGCCAGUGUUUCACAACAGAUUCGUAUAUAUAUCAGUCUGCAUGGGAAAUAAGACAAAAAAUUAACACACGAUUCACAAUUAUUUUUAUUCAUUAAUG